GACACCAUAGUUUGUUGCAGACUCCAAACAUUUCUCAGAAAAAAACCUUUCUUCCUUCCUUCAUAAGGGUGAAGAAUUGCAGAGAGAGUCAGUCACCAAGAAAAAAAACAUGGGUGGUUGGGCUAUUGCUGUUCACGGUGGCGCCGGUGUUGACCCAAAUCUUCCUCUUGAACGUCAAGAAGAAGCCAAACAACUUCUUACCCGUGUUCUCAAUCUUGGCAUCUCUGCUCUUCGUUCCAAUCUUUCCGCCAUCGAUGUUGUCGAACUUGUGGUGAGGGAAUUGGAAACGGAUCCACUAUUCAAUUCGGGUCGUGGAUCUGCCCUGACGGAAAAAGGUACCGUGGAAAUGGAGGCUAGCAUAAUGGAUGGUCCAAAAAGACGAUGUGGUGCUGUUUCCGGCUUAACCACCGUCAAAAAUCCUGUUUCAUUGGCACGUUUAGUCAUGGAAAAAUCUCCUCAUUCCUAUCUUGCUUUCGACGGGGCUGAAAACUUCGCCAGACAACAGGGUGUGGAGGUUGUGGACAAUGAAUACUUUAUCACGCCUGACAAUGUGGGUAUGCUUAAGCUGGCAAAGGAAGCAAAUACAAUCUUGUUUGAUUAUCGAAUCCCAACAUCCGGAUACGAAACAUGUGGUCAAGGGGUUGAAAGUCCAAUGAAAAUGAAUGGACUUCCAAUGAGCAUCUAUGCACCUGAGACAGUUGGGUGCGUAGUUGUUGACCGUGAAGGAAGAUGUGCAGCAGCCACAUCAACUGGAGGUCUAAUGAACAAAAUGAUUGGUCGUAUUGGUGACUCACCUCUCAUAGGAGCCGGGACCUACGCGUGUAACCUUUGUGGCGUGUCAUGCACUGGUGAAGGCGAAGCUAUCAUACGUGGCACUUUGGCGCGUGAGGUGUCGGCUGUUAUGGAAUACAAAGGUCUUGGUCUUCAAGAGGCUGUUGAUUUCGUCAUUAAGCACCGUUUGGAUGAAGGAUAUGCUGGACUCAUUGCUGUUUCUAAUAAGGGUGAAGUUGCGUAUGGAUUUAAUUGCAAUGGCAUGUUUAGGGGAUGUGCUUCUGAGGAUGGUUUCAUGGAAGUUGGAAUUUGGGAGUAAAAAGUUGCCAGUUGAAAUUGUUGGUUGGAUCUUUUUUACUUUAUUUUAUUUGUUGUAAUUUGGGUUUAAGGGGGUGGGUUAGUACUAGUUAUAUGAUGAUUUAUGACUAGUUGUUUCAUUGCAACUUGCAUUAGGUCCCGUGUUGUAAUUAUUAGUUGUUUAAGAGGGAUAGAAAAUGUGAAAUAAUAGUGGCAUUUGUAUUGUUUUUAUUUCUUUUGGAAAUAAAAAAUGCUUGUGACACCCCCCUA